AUGCAGCAGGAGGAGGGCGAGAAGGUCGAACUCGCGGACCAGAUCCUCGACCGCGCGAAGCCGCCCAAGGUCCGGACGACGGAGUUCUCCGACGCGGAGAUCGAGGCGGCCUUCAAGUUCAUCGACCUCGACAAGAACGGCUACAUCGGCGCGUCGGAGAUCCGCCACGUCCUCGUCUGCAUGGGCGAGCUCAUCACCGACGAGGAGGUGGACAUGAUGAUCAAGAUGGUCGACAACGACGGCGACGGCCAGGUGUCCUACCACGAGUUCUACGACGUCGUCACG